CAGGAGAUAUUACUUUACAGGUAGGGCUGCCAGGCUCUGAAAUGGGCUCCCAAAUUGGCUCCCAUACUCUCUCCUACUUUGGGGGUCUUCAGGAGGACGCUGGACAGAGAUUUGACUGGGAUGAUAUGAUCCCGGCACCCGUUCGUGUCCAGGGCAGGGGGUCUGACCUGAUGAUCUAUUUAGGUCCCUUCUGACCCUAAGUACUAUAAUAGCAUGACUUACUUAUUUGUUCAUUUAUUCAUUUCUUCUUUUACGUUCAAGGUUUGGUGAACAAAUGGCCAUGGGGAACCACACAGAUGUCAGCUAUUUUGUUCUGACAGGUGUUUCCAGUGACCCAGAGCUCCAGCCUUUCCUGUUUGUGGUGUUUCUACUUAUAUACCUAGUAACUGUGGUGGGGAAUGGGGUGAUCAUGGUGGUAGUAAGGUCUGAUCCUCACCUUCACACCAUGAUGUAUACUUUCCUAUUCCAUUUAUCUUUCUUGGACAUAUGCUACUCUUCAAUCACUGUCCCAAAGAUGCUGAAUAAUUUCCUGGUAGAGAAAAAAAACAUUUCUCUCCAUGGCUGCCUUGCCCAGAUGAGCUUAAUUCUUCUGGUGUCCUGUGCAGAAAUUCUUAUCCUAUCAGCAAUGGCCUAUGAUCGAUAUACUGCCAUCUGUGACCCACUGCAUUAUGGGGGAACCAUGAAUAAACAAGUCUGUAUUAGACUAGUGGGUGGUGCAUGGUUGAUUAGCAUAUUGUAUUCAUUGACAAACACUGCUCCUGUGUUACAUUUACACUUCUGUGGGCCCAAUGAACUGAACAAUUUCAGUUGUGAGCUCCCAUCUCUACUAGAAGUGUCCUGCACAGAAACCUUCAUCAGUAAGAUGACAUUCUUCACUUUAGCUACGAUUGUAAGUUUAACCUCCUUCUCCAUCAUCCUUGUCUCUUAUAUCCUCAUCAUCUCUACCAUCUUCAGGAUACAAUUUGCUGUGGGUAGGGGUAAAGCCUUCUCUACCUGCAGCUCCCACCUCACUGUUGUUCUUCUUUAUUACGGGGCUGGAUUUGCCAGAUAUCUGAGACCCAGUUCAGGCUCUUUAGUGGUUCUUGACAGACUGUUCUCUGUCCAAUACAAUAUCUUAACUCCCAUGUUAAAUCCUGUCAUCUACAGCCUGAGAAACAGGGAAGUAAAGGCAGCUCUGGGGAACUUACUAGAGAAAAUGUAAGGCAUGUGAAUGUAUUUCAAAAUUUGGAAAAAAUUUUACGUGCUAAUGGGAACUGAGUGUUUCAAAUAUUCUGAUGUCAUGUAACUGUUCCACAUGGACAUUUAGUUUAUAAAUAAUUAAUUUCUCUCUUAACAGAAAGAGCAUUUGUACUAUCAUGCCUAUCCUCAAUCUAACCCUUUUUUAAAAGCAU